CGCAACGGGCACGCCAAGGUGGUGCGGCUGCUCCUCGAGCACUACCGCGUGCACACGCAGCAGACGGGCACCGUGCGCUUCGACGGCUUUGUCAUUGAUGGAGCCACUGCUCUGUGGUGCGCGGCAGGAGCCGGCCACUUCGAGGUCGUCAAGCUCCGCAUCGAGGCGCUGGAGCUGCUGGGGGCCUCGUUUGCGAACGACCGGGAAAAUUACGACAUUAUGAAGACUUAUCACUAUUUAUAUUUAGCAAUGCUGGAGAGGUACCGGGACAGCGAGAAUAUAAUUGAGAAAGAAGUUCUUCCACAGAUUGAAGCUUAUGGAAGCAGGACUGAAUGCAGAACUCCUCAGGAAUUAGAGUCUAUCCGGCAGGACAGGGAUGCCCUGCACAUGGAGGGCCUCAUUGUGCGGGAAAGGAUUCUGGGCUCGGACAAUAUCGACGUUUCUCACCCCAUAAUUUACCGCGGGGCUGUUUAUGCAGAUAACAUGGAGUUUGAACAGUGCAUCAAGCUGUGGCUCCAUGCCUUGCAUUUGAGGCAGAAGGGCAACAGGAACACUCACAAGGACCUCCUGAGGUUUGCCCAAGUGUUCUCACAGAUGAUACACCUGAACGAGCCCGUGAAGGCCAGGGACAUCGAGAGCGUGCUGAGGUGCAGCGUCCUGGAGAUAGAGCAAGGAAUGUCCAGGAUCAAAACCACGCAGGACGCUGACAUCCACACAGCCAUGGACAACUACGAAUGCAAUAUUUUCACCUUCCUCUACCUAGUCUGCAUCUCCACCAAGACGCAGUGCAGCGAGGAGGAUCAGUCGCGCAUCAACAAGCAGAUUUACAACCUGAUCCACCUGGACCCCCGCACGCGGGACGGCUCCAGCCUGCUGCACCACGCCGUCAACUCGAGCACGCCGGUGGACGACUUCCACACCAACGACGUGUGCAGCUUCCCCAACGCGCUCGUCACCAAGCUGCUGCUGGACUGCGGGGCCGACGUCAACGCCGUGGACGGCGAGGGCAACAGCCCGCUGCACAUCAUCGUGCAGUACCACCGGCCCAUCAGCGACUUCCUCACGCUGCACUCCAUCAUCAUCAGCCUGGUGGAGGCCGGCGCGCACACGGACAUGACCAACAAGCAUAAGAAGACGCCUCUGGAUAAGAGUACCACGGGGGUGUCCGAAAUACUCCUGAAAACUCAAAUGAAGCUGAGUCUCAAGUGCCUGGCUGCCCGAGCCGUGCGGAUCUAUAACAUCAGCUACCAAAACCAGAUCCCCAGAACUCUGGAAGAGUUUGUGAAGUUUCACUAGGAGAUGUAAAAUCUUUCACGGUGGUGCUAUUCCGCGAAGACGUCCACUGCAGCCCACGGA